AUGGCAUAUGAAAGGAAGAAUUUCAGGCUAGCUAGCUCAUCUCGUUUUUUGUUUUCUACUCUCUUUCAUAUCUUUAUUAUUGCUUCUGCUGCUGCAAUUCAUUUUGAGACAAGUAAUGAGACAGACUACCAAUCUCUGCUUGACAUCAAGGGUCUAAUAAAAGGAGAUCCAAUCCAGGCUCUGAGCUCCUGGAAUGAUUCCAUUCACUUCUGCGAUUGGCGUGGAGUCACAUGUGGCCGGCUUCAUCAAAGAGUCACUGUCUUGAAUAUGUCAUCAUUUCACUUGGUGGGUUCUCUUUCUCCCUCCAUAGGAAACCUUACCUUUCUCAGAGAACUCAAUAUUCAGGACAACAAUUUUCAUGGUAUGAUUCCUGAAGAAGUAGGCAGACUUUUUCGGCUUCAAUGUCUUUGCUUUGCCAAUAAUUCCUUUGAGGGAGAACUUCCAUUAAAUAUCACGGGUUGUUCAGAUCUAAGUAUUCUUGAUUUAAGGGGUAACAGGCUCAUCGGGCGAAUUCGAGAUGACUUGAGCACUUUAUCUAAGCUUUAUGCUCUGAGCCUUUCCAGGAAUAAUUUCUCAGGCAGCAUUCCACCAUCUAUGGGUAAUAUUUCCUCUCUUCAAAUACUAAGCAUAUCAAGAAACAAUCUAGGUGGAAAUAUUCCAGCUGAGAUUGGUCGGCUUUCAAAUCUGCAUGUCCUUGAGCUGUCCUCAAAUAGACUUUUAGGUGCAGUUCCUCCUCAGCUCUACAACAUUUCGGCUCUCCAGAUCUUUUCUAUUACUAACAAUCUAUUAAGUGGACAGUUUCCUGCUACUGUGGGAUUGACUCUUCCAAACCUUACUUUAUUUUUGGCUGAUUUGAACCAAUUUUUUGGAUUAAUUCCCACUACAUUAGCAAAUGCUUCAGGGCUCAUAAAAAUUAGCAUAGGAGACAAUUCACUCACAGGACCAAUUCCACAAAAUCUAGGUAGCCUGAAAGAACUUCAGCUCACAUCUUUGUGGCUGAAUGAUAACAUUAUAUCUGGUAGCUUACCUUCUGGGAUUGGAGACAUUGCAAGCUUGGGCUAUCUCGAUGUACGUAAUAAUUCUCUCUCAGGUAUUAUUCCUGAUUCCGUGGGGAAACUUGUUAAAAUGCAGGAGCUUUAUCUGUCUGAAAAUAGCUUCACAGGAGAAAUUCCUUCAACAAUCGGUGACAUUUCUGAACUACAGAUUCUUGUAUUAGAACAGAACAUGCUUACAGGUAACAUUCCUGUUUCUUUGAGUAACUGCAGUAACUUGCAAGGAUUUACUGUUACUCAGAAUCGCCUAAGUGGAGCUUUACCUAAAGAAAUUCUUGGUCUUUCAUCUCUCUCUCUUGGCCUCCUCUUAGCUCAAAACCAAUUCACGGGAUCAUUACCAUCAGAAGUUGGCAAUUUGAAGAAUCUUGUGUCAUUGGAUAUUUCAGAAAACAAAUUAUCUGGUGAAAUUCCAACCUCUAUUGAUGGUUGCGAGAUGUUGGAAUAUGUUCGGUUGAAAGGUAACUUUUUGGAAGGCUCUGUACCUUCUACUUUAGGAGAAUUGAAAAGCAUUCAGGUCAUAGAUCUAUCUCAGAAUAAUUUGUCAGAGCAAAUUCCAGUUUCUUUGGCAAAAUUAAAAUUCAUCAGCACUCUAAAUCUUUCCUAUAAUAUGCUAGAGGGUGAAGUGCCAAUGGAUGGGACCUUUGCAAACUCUAGUGCCUUUUCAGCACUGGGGAAUGGAAAGCUAUGCGGAGGAAUCAAAGCAUUGAACUUAUCAUCUUGUCCUAAACCUACCAAAAAGAAAGCAAAGCUGUCUACUCCUAUAGUAAUAGUUAUUGCCAUUACUAUUCCUCUAGCUAUAGUUUUACUACUCAUAUCUGCCUAUGCAAUUCAUAGACUAAGAAGCUCAAAACAACAAUUACCUUUUACUUCUGCAGCAGAAAAACAGAAUCAGAAGCUCUCAUAUGCAGAAUUAUAUGAUUCCACCAAUGGUUUUUCUUCAGAAAAUUUGAUUGGUGAAGGUAAAUAUGGCUCUGUUUACAAAGGGGUCCUCAAACCUGAUGAGCAAAUGGUUGCUGUUAAGGUUCUUAAGCUCCACCAACAUGGUGCCCAUAAGAGCUUCUUGGUUGAAUGUGCAGCGUUGAGAAACAUCCGCCAUCGAAACCUUGUCAAGAUCAUAACCUCUUGUUCAAGUUUAGACUUCAAGCAGAACGAUUUCAAGGCUUUGAUUUUCGAAUAUGUGCCUAAUGGAAGUUUAGAGAAUUGGUUACAUCCAAGUUCAGCUGAGGAAGAGGGACAAAGCCUAAUGAAGCUCCAGUUGAUACAAAGACUGAAUAUUGCAAUCGACAUUGCGUCCGCCUUGGAUUACCUUCAUAACCAUUGUGGGACACCGAUUAUCCACUGUGAUAUAAAGCCAAGCAACAUACUUCUAGGUGAUGAUUUUCGUGCCUUGGUUAGUGAUUUUGGCCUAGCAAAAUUUCUUUCCUCCAUCGAAGGUAGAUCCCAUCAACAUCAAAGCAGCUCAGUAGCAAUUAGAGGAACAGUUGGAUAUGUUGCUCCAGAAUAUGGCAUGGGUGGAGAGGUAUCAACACAAGGAGAUGUAUACAGCUAUGGUAUUCUAUUGCUUGAAUUGUUUACAGGGAAAAGGCCUACUGACAGCAUGUUCACAGAAGAUUUUAGUCUCCAUAGUUAUGUUAAGACGGCUCUUUCCCAUCAGGUAAUCGAAAUUGUUGAUCCAAAGAUCUCAAUGGAAGCAGAAUCCAUAGCAGGUAUAAUCACCAAAACAAGCAAAGGCGGCAGCAUCAGUCAGGAGGAAUGCUACCUAUCGAUGUUUCGGAUUGGUGUUUCAUGCUCUUUAGAAAUUCAAAGGGACAGGAUGAAUAUUAAAGAUGUCCUCAGUGGAUUACAAGCAAUCAGGAAUGAGUUUGUUCAGGUUAUAAAUGAGAGCCAAAUGAGAUGA